GUAAUAGCCGUCAUCUUCCCACCACCCGACCUCCGCUUCCCCGCCACCCCAUCUCCCCUGCUCGCCGACCGAUCUCCCGUGCAACCCGCCCGAGUUCCCGUUCCCGCGGCCCGAUCUCCCAUUUCUGCCGCCCAAUAUCCCCUUCUCGCCUCCUCUCGCCUCCCCGCGCGUGCUCCUCUCGCCUCUCAGCGCGUGCUCCUCUCCCCUCCCAGCGCGUGCUCCUCUCCCCUCCGCGUGCGUGCUCCUCUCCCCUCCGCGUGCGUGCUCCUCUCCCCUCCGCGUGCGUGCUCCUCUCGCCUCCCCGCGCGUGCUCCUCUCCCCUCCCCGUGCGUGCUCCUCUCGUCUCUCCGCGCGUGCUCCUCUCCCCUCCCCGCGCGUGCUCCUCUCCCCUCCGCGUGCGUGCUCCUCUCCCCUCCGCGUGCGUGCUCCUCUCCCCUCCGCGUGCGUGCUCCUCUCGCCUCCCCGCGCGUGCUCCUCUCCCCUCCCCGUGCGUUCUCCUCUCGCCUCCUCGCGCGGCAUCCUCCCUGCACGCCCUCAUUUCCCCCCCUGCACGCCCUCAUUUCCCCCCCUGCACGCCCUCAUUUCCCCCCCUGCACGCCCUCAUUUCCCCCCCUGCACGCCCUCAUUUCCCCCCCUGCACGCCCUCAUUUCCCCCCCUGCAGGCUCUCAUUACCCCCCUUUUAUGCACCCGUUUCCCCUCUGCUCACUCUCUUUCACCCCUCACUCACGCGUUUUCCCCUCUGCUCACUCUCUUUCCCCCACACUCACCCUUUCUCCCCUCUGCCCACUCUGUUUCCCCCGUCACUCACCUUCUUACCGAAUUCUCACUUUUCAUUCACCCCUUUUUCCAAUCCCGCUUCCCCUUUUCCAUCUCUCCUUCAUGCCUCCCACCACCUCUCCCUGCCUUCCUUGCUUCUCUCCUUAUCUCCUUCAUGCCUCCCACCAGUCGACGGCAAGCUGGACGACCGAGUUUUGGGACAUGUUUGGCGGCUUCGCGCCACUGGCUGCACUUGCGCUCGCAAUCGCCCCACUCGUCCAGGCGCUGCUGCACUGACCUGCAUUCAUGCAUGA